UCCCUCUCUCUCCCUGAACUUUGAUGGAGUGAAGUGUCUCUCCGUCUCCGGCGGGUUCAGGCGAGCUGCAGUGAGUCUGAGGCUGCUGUGUGUUUUGGUGUCUGGAGGGGAAGCGCAGGAGCCGCAGAUGAGAGAUGGAAGCAGAUCACAGCGGCGAUGAAGAGUUGCCCACCUACACGAAUCUGACCAUCUCCUACUCCGAUUGCGUCAGCAUUAACGUCACCAACCUCCCACCGGACGACAGGAACUACACAUUUUCCUCGUAUUACCUGCAUUCUGCACCAGUGGCCACCAUCUUCAUCCUGGCCUACAUCCUCAUCUUUUUCCUCUGCAUGGUGGGAAACCUUCUGGUGUGCUUCAUCGUGCUGAAGAACAAGCAGAUGAGGACGGUCACCAACAUCUUCAUCCUCAACCUGGCCAUCAGUGACCUGCUGGUGGGCAUCUUCUGCCUGCCCAUCACUUUAGCUGACAACCUAAUAACAGGCUGGCCCUUCGAUGAAGUGACCUGUAAGAUGAGUGGCCUCGUCCAGGGUGCCUCAGUGUCUGCCUCAGUUUUCACGCUGGUGGCCAUCGCAGUGGAAAGGUUUCGCUGCAUCGUGUACCCGUUCCAGCAGAAGCUCACUCCACGCCAGGCCAUCAUCACCAUCACCUUCAUCUGGGCCUUGGCCAUCAUCAUCAUGUGCCCUUCAGCGGUCACACUGACCGUCUCCCAUGAUGCCUAUCACUUCAUGAUGGAUGGGGACAACACCACCUACCCACUGUACACCUGCUGGGAGGCGUGGCCUGAUCAGAGCAUGAGGAAGAUCUACACCAUGGUGCUCUUCUCCCACAUCUACCUAGCACCUGUGACACUAAUCGUAAUCAUGUACACCCGCAUUGCCCUCAAACUCUUCAAAUCACCCGCCUCCAUCCGAGACGCCCAAGCCGAGGACGAGGGCCGGCGGGUGUAUCGCAGGAAGAUUCGCGUGGUCAACAUGCUCCUGAUGGUGGCACUGUUGUUCACCGUGUCCUGGCUGCCUCUGUGGAUCCUCAUCCUGCUGACUGAUUACGGGAACAUGAGCUCCAGCCAGCUUAAUGUUCUCGCGGUCUACAUCUACCCCUUCGCUCACUGGCUGGCCUUCUUCAACAGCAGCAUCAACCCCAUCGUCUACGGAUACUUCAAUGAGAACUUCCGCCGAGGCUUCCAAGCAGCAUUUAAGUUCGGACUGUGCCUGGUGGAGAUGCCUCCCCAGCCCACUGAAGCUGGAGAGAAGGAUCGCAGAAAAGCAAAGUGGAAACGGAACCGGGUGUUUGCGGGUGGACGAGUGGAGAAAGGGAGCACUCAGGUCAAUGGGAGGAGAGAGUUCUGUAAUGGAGAGACGCAAAACGAACUGGUGCUGGAGGAUCUGGAGUGAACAUACAUGUACUGACCAAAAUAAUUAGUGCUGGAGGGCCUGAAAUGACCAAACUGGUACAAAAGGAUCUGUAGCAAAUUAACUUUUGCUGAAGAACAAACUUCAGAUGAAGGACCUGGAGUAAACGAGUAAACAAGGUUGUGCUAAAGAAUCUAGACUGAGCUCAUUCAUUUCUUCAGGGGUGGAAAUAGUUAAAGCUACUAUCUUCAACUUAACAGCUGAUCCUGAUAUUGUUUGAUAUUAAUAUUUGAUAUUGAUAUUGAUUGAUCCUGAUAUCAAUCUUUGAUGGCCCCAGGCAAUUUUGCUAAACCAACAUGAAUGUCACCCCAUAUGUACUCUAUACUUACAUAUGCUGAGGAAUUUGGAGUGAAUUAACUGGUGCUAGGUGCACAAACUGGUGCUGAGUUAAUUCAUUUGUAGCAAAGGAUCCAAAGCAAAGGAACAUGCAGGAAUGGACCUGGAGCAAAAGACCUUGUAGCGAAAGGUCUGGAGUGAAUGAACUUGUGGUGAAACGUCUGGAGCAAAUAAACUUGUGGCGAAAGAACUGGAGUGAAUGAACUUUUGCUGAAUGAACUUCAAGUGAAUGAACUUCAAGUGAAGGAUCCAGUGUGAAGAAACGUUGUGAAGGAUCUGGACUGCAUGAACUUAUGCUGAAGGAUCUGGAGUGAAUGACUGUGUGCUGAGUGAACUAACAUGUGCUGAAAACCUGUAGUGAACAAACUUGUGGUGAAGGAUCUGGAGUGAAUUAACUUUUGGUGAAGGAUCUGGAGUGAAUGAGCUGUAAUGAAGGAUCCAGAGUGAACCAACUUGUGAUGAAGAAUCUGGAGUGACUGAACUAGUAGUGAAGGUUCCAGAGUGAACAAAGUUGUGCUGAAGCAUGUCUUGGUCUUCAAUUCCAGAGCCUGAAAGUACUGUUGAUCUUAUUCAUUGGCCACCUAGUGUCACCCACCAGUCAUUAACAAAAUUCAGGACCACAAGCUGAAUUCAAGGUCUGGCUUGAAAGACCUCUGAUCCAGAGUGAAUGAAGUUGUUCUGAAGCAUCUAGAUUGACAAACUUGUGCUGACUGAAUGAACUUCUUGUUCAGGAUCUGGAGUGAAACCACAUUACAGUUGAUUCGGGAGUCGCGUAGCAAUAAUGGUACUUAACCAGGACAGACUAAGUUCGAUUCUACAUGUUCUCCAUAUGUAUUCAGUACAUAGAUGCUCAAACUUUCUGCAACUAUUGCACAUGGAACGUGCAUUAUACUGUAAAUAAAUGUACAGUAAUGUGUAAAGUAUAAACAUCUAUGACAUCUGUAUUAUAUUUAUUGUAGUUGUAAUAAUGUGACAGAUCUUUUAUCAGAAUUGAGUUCAACUGGUUUGAAAUAUGCUCACGUUGUUACACCAGCGUAUAUAUACCUUUUACAAAUGGUCUGCUUUAAAAGGAGCCUUGAUGUUGCUGCUUUUUGCUGUUUUCCAAACUUCUUUCCCUGAAUGUGGAGCUACAAUAAAAUUGUA